GGAGUUUGUGCGCGUGCGUGCGGUAGUGGUCAGCUGUUGUUCGUGUCGGCACAGCGCCCCCCGGCCCACAGCGCCCCCCCCGCACCACCCGGGCCGUGCGGCGCGGAGGGCUUCUGCCGUUCUGUGCCCCCGGCAGCGACAGGGCGCUGCGCUCGCAGGGAGGCGGCUCUGAGGGCAUUGCUACGAGCCGGGCCCUGUCCGUUACGAGCCCAUGCCGCCGAGCCGCCUUCCAUAGCGCUCCACGGAGCGCUGCCCUUCCCCGGGCCGCCCGGUGACGGCAGCGGGGCCAUGAGGAUCAACCAGAACACCGCGCUGCGGGGCGACAAGGUGACGCUGGUGCCGUACAGCUCGGCGCACGUGCCCCGGUACCACGAGUGGAUGCAGUCAGAGGAGCUGCAGCGCCUGACCGCUUCGGAACCACUGAGCCUGGAGCAGGAGUACGAGAUGCAGCGCAGCUGGAGGGACGAUGCAGACAAGUGCACCUUCAUCGUACUGGACACGGAGCGGUGGUCUGAGCAGGCAUGUGGGGAUGAGGACUGCAUGGUGGGGGAUGUGAAUAUCUUCCUCACUGACCCUGAGGAUCCAACUUUGGGUGAGAUUGAAAUAAUGAUAGCAGAACCCAGCUAUCGUGGCAGAGGAUUUGGCAAGGAGGCGACUCUGAUGAUGAUGUCCUAUGGAGUGACAGAGCUAGGCAUCACCAAAUUUGAGGCUAAGAUAGGUCAGGAAAAUGAAGCCAGUAUCUGCAUGUUCAAGAAGCUAAAUUUUAAGGAGGUUUCUGUGAACAGUGUUUUCCAAGAGGUGACGCUGAGGCUGGAUGUCACUGACCAAGAGAGACAGUGGCUCCUGGAGCAGACAAAGCAUGUGAAGAAGAAAAGCUACACUGAAGAGAAGCUGCCAGCUGGGGGACUGGAGACUGACAGAUAGGGCCAGACACAAACCUGGGUUCCAGGGAAAGGUUGGACUUUGUUGUGAGGUCUGAGCAUGAAUGACAAGGCUGCACUUGGCUGUUCUGGUCUGUUUCCUUUGUCAUCUUGUCACUUUUCUACUUUGUUGCAACAGCUAAGAAUACUGCCUGAAGUUUGGACCCGGAGAACAGCCGCUAAUUCACAGACUUGAUUAGGAAUGACUCCAUGACUUUAACAUGCUGUUCCAGCGGGGCCUACAGUCACCAGCAGUUAAUUGAUUCCUGGCACAACCAGUUUCUGGACAAGCAGCAACCCGUGUUCCUGCUUCCCACUGCCCUCAGAACAUGAUUCGUCACUGGUGCAGAGGAAGUCUGAGUGCUCAGGUAGCUCAAUCUGCCCUCUAUUAAGUAAUAAUAAAAAAUAAAAAUGUGAGGUACCUCUGAAAGCAAUCUGGGAGCAGCAGGGCUUUCUUUGAAUGCUGAAAAUCUAUUUGGAAGUCAAAAAGGACAACAGCAACUCUUUGAACCCCUUUAUGGGGUGUGGGGGUGAGCAUGAAAGGGAAAGUGCUGAUUCACCUUUCAGCUCUGGAGGAUGAUCCGUGAUCCAGGGGUGGAGGUGAAGGGGUAGGGAAUUAGUGAGGAACGCCUGGCUGAUGGCUGUGCUCAGCUGAAACAGGGCCAGGAAAUCAUUCUUAGAAGCAAGGAUGGCACAGUCCAAGGAGAUAGCACAGCCCUUCUGAGCCCGCCUGAAGGCUACUGAUUCAACAUAAGAAAAGAGUCGUCAAACUAUUAACACGAUUAGAAUCACUAAUACAAGUCAAGCAAGGCCUGAGCAGUCUCUCCGUGAUCUCUACAUAAGAGAACUGGCAGCUGCAGGAGGCUUUUGAGACAGCAUCUCUUGCUCAGUUCAGAACUGUGCUUUGGCACGCUGAUACCUGGUACGUGUGUGGACUGGAAACCUCAGGCCAUCAGCAAAAUGCUGCUUAAUCUCUUGGCUCUGCUGUUACCACAGCAAGGAGAAAGACAUCUGAAAGAAGGCAGAAUGGUGACUUUUCUUCAGGGCAGCUCAGGACUUCUUCUGCAAGGCCUGGAGCUGCCUGCUGCUCUCCAAUAAGCUGAACUGGGGUGUGGGACAGCAUCACUCACUGGAGCAGACACCUGCAGGGCAAGAGUCAGCCUGUGAUACAUCUGAGGUCUGUUCCCAAAGAAGAGGUACUUGUCUGACUCACACUGGACAGACUUUUAAUGCAGUUAUUUAAUCUGACCUUUCCUGCCCCACUCGGCAUGCUUUCCACAGAAGGGAAGCUAAAAGAAAAAGGAGGAUAACUGCUGCUCCUGGGUGCUUUCCCACUGUAAGGGCAGCCAGAAGGGCUAAUUUCAGACCAGAAGUGAUUUGUUUCACUUAUAAAAUAUCAGAUAAUAACAUCCCUGUGCAAAUCUGAAAGCUUUUAUCUGGCAGACUCUGGAAUUUUUAGUGUUACUUUAUGAGUAUUUUUAGGACCUGUGAGUUUUAGUUUUCCAGUUUUAGUUUGUUUAAAUAAAAUCAUCCCUGUGACUAAUGUUAAAACCAA